AGAAUUAUUGCAAGAAACAAACCACUUCGAAAUUUGAAAAAAGAAUUUGUUCCAGAAUUAUGGGCAGAACUUAUAGUUGACCGACCUGCCAUGGCCAAUCCCGAAUAUCAUAGAGAGAUUGAAUCUAUUUGUGAUCAUCUAUUUGGUCUUCUUUAUAAAAAAAAACAACUGAAACUUCAUGAAUCUCGUGAUAAAUGGGAGAAUUUAAGAAAUUUAAAGGUGCCAGAAUAUAAUGAUGAUCUUUCUUAUGAAAAGGAAGAUUGGAAAAAAAUUUUGUAUUGGGCAAAACGUGCUGUUGGAUCAUUUCUUGAUGCUUUCGAAUCUGAGUAUAAUCCUAUACAACAAAAUGAUUGCGGAGAAAGGGAAUGGUUAGGAGGCUACGUAAUUCCUAUAUUUCAAAGAGCUUUGAAAUUGAACACAUCCUGCUGGAGGAAGGUUACUGUAAUUGCAACUACUCGAAGAAGAAAUCAAGACAGAAAUGCGUUAGAAUAUCAACUUGAGCGUAACCACUUAGCAGAUUUAUUGUGUAAAGUUAACCAACAAGAAGUUGUCUGUGGGCUUAGUUGUGGUGGUCCUCAUAAAUAUGAUAUUACAAAAUGGAGUAGUGAUCA